AUGCUAAAAGAAGCCCUCAUCCUGCAGAUGACGUUCCACCUGAUCAGCGCUGUUCACAUGACAGGGACCAUCAACAAGGCGAAGACGGAUGCACACCUCGACGGUCAUCGUCGAGGCGGGAACGUGAGCGAAGAUGACGCGGAGGCCGUCCCGACGGAAGAGAGCACCACUCUCCACUUCCAUCUCGAGGGUGACGGGGACCCUUCGCUGUCAGAAAUCGCCACUGACAUCGCCAAGGCCACCGCGAAGGCUGCUGCCGCAGCUGACGCUGCUACGCAAGCAGCACAUGACAUUGCCCAAGCUGUGGCUCCAGUCAUAAAAGCAGCCGUCAUCGAGGCGCUUGGGCCAGCCGUCGUCCAUGCUGCUGCGCAGGGCGCCUCGAUCGCCGUCGUGCCACAGGGACAACAACAAGCACCUGUUCUGCAGGCCGCCGAGGCAGCCGCCGACGAAGCAUUCGUGAACGCCCAGCAGCCAGCGCAGGCGGCCGCUGCUGCUGCUGCAGCAGCUCAGGCCAUCGAAGAGCCAGCAAUGGCUGCUGCACAGAACGCACAAUGGCAUGCAAAUGAUACGGCUGGCCAGGCCGCUUCCUCGGCCGCAGCAAAAGAAGCCAAGAAGAUUCUGGACGAGUGUGUGCGAAAACUUAUUGCAGUCGGAGCACGAUACAUCUACGAGCUCAUCCUGAGAAUCUUUAGGUGGCUUACCGGAAAGGUAGUAGACUUUCUGAAACACCCGCCACAAGAUCCAUAA